AUGUCUUUUGGAACACUCGACAGAUGGAUAGAACAACUGAUGAACUGCCAGCAUCUCCCUGAGAAUGACAUGAAAACCCUCUGCGAAAUCGUGCGCACCAUCCUCAUCGAAGAAUCGAAUAUCCAACCCGUCUCCAGCCCGGUCACAAUAUGCGGCGAUAUUCACGGCCAAUUCUGGGAUCUACUCGAGCUCCUGCGGAAAGGGGGCAAGCCACCCGACACGAGCUAUAUAUUCAUGGGCGAUUUCGUCGACCGAGGUCAUUACAGCUUGGAAACCGUGUCGCUGCUUUUCGUGCUCAAGGCCAGAUACCCGGACAAGGUCACUCUAUUGCGCGGAAACCACGAAAGCAGACAAAUAACGCAAGUAUACGGUUUCUAUGAUGAAUGCCAGCAGAAAUAUGGGACAGCCACGGUCUGGAAGGCAUGUUGUAACGUGUUUGAUUUCCUCAACAUCGCUGCCACAAUAGACGGCGAGUCAUUAUGCGUGCACGGAGGCCUGUCGCCCGAGAUCCGGACUCUGGAUCAAAUCAGAGUACUUUCUCGGGCUCAGGAAAUACCCCACGAGGGGGCAUUUUGUGACUUGAUGUGGUCCGAUCCCGACGACAUAGAGAGUUGGGCCGUCAGCCCCCGCGGGGCCGGCUGGCUGUUUGGCGGAGGCGUUACGCAAGAGUUCAACCACGUCAAUUCCCUGCGGCUGAUCGCGCGGGCUCACCAACUCGUCCAAGAGGGCUACAAAUACAUGUUCGACGAGCAGCUCGUCACCGUGUGGUCCGCGCCAAAUUACUGCUAUAGAUGCGGAAAUAUGGCGUCUAUACUGACGAUACACGAAAACGGCGAGAAGACGUUCAAGGUAUACGGCGCGGCGGAGGAAAACGAGCGAGACAAGGGUAUGCAGACAAGAAGAAUGAACACGAUGCCUUAUUUCGUUUGA